ACAACGUGGAAAAGUUUGAACAACUUCAAAUCGAUUAUUUCCGAUUAUUUAAAAGUUAUUCUCGAAACUAAAAGAAGUCAGCUGUGUGGAGAAAACAUCUAAAGACAAUGACUGAAGAAGACGUGCUACCAAAAUGGGUUGUUCUUUGGCUUUUCGUGUCCGGAAUGAUAUGUACUUAUGACGUGGCAUACACAAUGAACCGUCCAUACACGAAUGAUCCGGCUAGCCCAAAGGCUAACUUGUUGUUCGGUGGAUGGGCUCUCUAUUCAUCAGUGGAUCGUCACUAUUUGACAACAAACGAUGUAUUCACUUGCUCAACAGGACGUGUAAUGCUCCUCGAAUGUCUCCUCAAUUUCAUCGCAAUUGGUUUGGCCUUUGCUCGGUCUCGUCACGGUCUUCUUCUGGCUUUCACCUCAAAUGUUAUGGUUCUUUGGAAAACGAUCCUCUUCUUCUCCGUAUUUUUGGGUCAACCGGAAGGACACCUGCCACCAAUGAAUCCAAACAAAUUUGUUUGGUCGAAAUUUAUGAUUUUCUGGAUUCCAAACGGUGUCUGGGUUCUUAUGCCAACACUCGUAUUGUUCGCACUUUGGAACAAGCUUGCAUUGCCACCAAAAAUGUCUGAAAAAUACUGGAAAGCCAGCAACAAGUGUCGAGGAGAUCUCAGUUUUGGCGACCAGAAGAAGAUUGCCCUCGAAUGAACUUUUAUCAAGAUUUGAAUAAAUUUUCCUUUUUUUGCCGCUUUCGAAAAUUAUGUGAAGAUUGAAAUCUGCGU